UUCGACCGUGAGCAGGGAUAUUUAUACUAGGUAUAUGGCAGCUUGAAAUCUCCCUGUCAACCCCCAAACCGUUCAUCAGCCGGAAGAGAAGAACCAUGGGCAAGAAACGAGUCUUGGUCAGUUACGGCGUCGACAUCGACGCCGUGGCCGGUUGGCUGGGAUCAUACGGCGGCGAGGACAGCGCCAAUGACAUCAGUCGAGGCUUGUUUGCCGGCCACAUUGGCACCAUGCGUCUUCUGAAGAUGUUCCAGAAAUACGACAUCAAAGCAACGUGGUUCAUUCCUGGCCAUUCCCUGGAGACCUUCCCGGAAGAAUGCGCAAAGAUCCGGGACGCCGGCCAUGAGAUUGGAUUGCACGGAUACAGCCACGAGAAUCCGGCAGACAUGACGAUCGAGCAGCAGCGGGACAUCCUCGAUAAGACCUAUCGCAUGCUCCUGGACUUUUGCGGCAAGCCACCUCGUGGUAUGGUUGCACCAUGGUGGGAAACGAGCAAAGAGAUGACGGACCUCUUGCUUUCCUAUGGGGUCGAAUACGACCACUCCAUGUCUCACCAUGAUUGCCAGAUGUAUUGGCUCCGUACGGGAGACACCUGGACGAAGAUCGAUUACAGCCAGAAGGCGGAAACAUGGAUGAAACCGUUGAAUCGCGGCCAAGAAACUGGGUUGGUAGAAAUUCCGGGCAACUGGUACAUUGAUGAUCUGCCUCCGAUGAUGUUUAUCAAGUCGGCUCCCAACAGCCACGGAUGGGUAAACCCAAGAGAUAUCGAGGAUAUCUGGAAGGACCACUUUGACUACUUUUAUCGAGAAUAUGACGAGUUUGUCUUCCCCAUGACCAUCCACCCGGAUGUGUCGGGUCGCCCACAUGUUCUUCUCAUGCACGAGAGGAUUAUCGAGCAUAUCAACAAGCAUGAGGGUGUGGAAUGGGUGACUAUGGAGCAAAUGUGUGAUGAUUUCAAGACCAAAAACAAACCGCCGGAGGGCGCGAGAAUGCCGUCUGCUCCUGCGUUGGAGAAAUGAUAGCAGAACAUGCCAUGGGCUCGGUUUCUAUCACUAGCAAAACUAACUUGUGCCCUCCCCCUUCAGCUGUAUCAGCUAUGGUGUCAUUUAUACCAGCCCACCUAAUUUGAAUGCGAUGAAUGCGAUGAUACCCGGCACAUUCGUUCGGGAAUGGUGGCGCCUAGUAACUCUAUAUAAUUCCCACAUUGGAAAUAAAAAAUCAUGG